AUGAAGAAAUCGGGUAGAAAGAAAACCAGCCAAACGGUGUCUUCUUCAACCUCAAAUGUCUUCUCCAAAUUAUGGAUUUCAAGGUUCAAGAACACAAAAGGAUGUGAAGGACGCCAACCAGAACCUGAAUCUUCAGACUGCAAAACGAAAGCAAACCACAUUCCAUUACCAAAGCAAUGUUCAAAUAGUGAUGGUUUUUACUGGAGGCUUUCAUUUGGGAAAGAAAAUGAUGAAGGUGACGAGAGUUUGUGUAGUUCAGAUAACAAACUCAAUGUUUCUCCGGUAGGUUAUGGAAGCUCCGGUAACAUGAUCUUUGACCAAACAAAAAUAAGAAAUUUGAUCAGUGGCGAUGCAGAUGAAGAUUUUCGUAAGUCUCCAGAAGAUUGCACUUUCGAAGAUCCAAAAUUGGAGGAAGAAUGGCAGAAGGUGAAAAACAUGAAAAUCAAUGAGAUCAAGUCAAACGAUCAGAACCAUCGGAAAUCUUUUCAUAUAAGCAGAAAGCAUGGUGGUAACGUCAAAUGUCAUUCUCCAAGAACAAUUGCUAAGGCUGCAUGUAAGAUCAAAGCUCUUGAAGACAUGAAUAAACCAUUGAUGAAGACAAAGGAGAGAGUGACUGAAGAUGCAUUCAGGACCAGUCUUGGUAGUUUUGCCAUUGUGAAAACUUCAUUUCAUCCAGAGCAGGAUUUCAGAGACUCGAUGAUAGAAAUGAUAAUGGAGAAACGAAUUAGGAAACCAGAAGAGCUUGAGGAACUUUUGUCUUGUUAUUUGACAUUAAAUUGUGAUGGAUAUCAUGAUCUAAUUGUUAAGGUCUUUCGACAGGUAUGGUUCGAACUGAGCCAUCUUCACUUUAAUCAAAUCUAG